GGUCGGAGCCCCUCGGUUAACGAUCGGAGAGAGAGAGAGGCCCAUGGAUUCCUCCUCUUCGUCCUGAUCACUGGCGGCGAUGGCGUGGUUCACGUUGGAGCUGGAGAACAGUAUCGUCGCUCUGCGGCGGCGAGGUCUCUCUAUUGUUGAUAAGAAAGAAAAUGGUGUAUUUGUGCAUUUUUCUGGGUAAUGACACAGUCAUGUGUUGCAAGCAAAUAAUACCUGCUAUACAACCAAAAAAAGAAAAGAAUUUCUUAUAAGAGUAGCUGUGAUGAAUUGGCCAGCUGGUUAUGAAACUUGCUCAAGGCUGGGGAAACGUGCAUACUUGACUUCCAUGUGGUAUCUGAUGUCUGGUUGAUAAGGCUCAAUAUUAGAAGUCUACCAACAGAGCUACAUGAUGAAUGAUUGGCGAUCCACAGGGAUCAAGCAGGGAUGAGGGUCCACGUGGACUUAGUAUAUAUUUUAGAUGAAUGAUUGACGGGUCAGUCUAUCUCACUGUUGCAUCGACCACACAAGAUUAAAGCAUACAGUGCAGUCCACAUCAAUUCUUUCAGUGACAAAUACAAGGAUGACAGAACAUAAGGACGGAAAAGGCAUUGCGUUCUAAAUAACAGUAGUUUGCCAGCGUUUGCACAGAGGACGCGAGCACGUGACCGAAAGAUUCGGCAUAUCUCACCUGCGGCGUACUCCCCCGCUAUGUGAUUCGAUAAGGACAAGAGACGGAUCAUCAAUAGCUCUAUUGGUCCUGAUAAUACUAUAAUAUACAUGCCUCUUGCGUGCAUUCUCCUUCCACUGCUCGUCACUCCCGUCUCGUCUCCAUCUCACUCCCUCUGCCUUCCACCAAUCCGUCUCCCUCCAGAUGGAUCGAAUCUCCUCCGACGGCGAAUUCAUCCUCCGAAGUUUACUCCUCGCUUCCCUCUGACUCCUCUCGGAUUGGUGCAAUCUGUUGGCUCUCUUCGGACUUUGGCCAAGUGCCCAUCGGUGUCUCUGGAGACGAAGAUGGGGUUUGAUCUUAAUGUGGUCUCUCCCGGAGAGUCGUUCAUUGCGGCUUCCAACUCCUCUGAGGCGUCCAUCAACGAAGCAACCGCCGCCAACGGAGAAGAGGGCACGCGCUCCACGAACGGCGCCGCCACCUGCCGCUUCGGCAUCUUUAGGCACCCCACCGAGCCGGUUUUUGAUGAUUAUGACGAUGAGAUCGAGGAGGAGAGUGGUGUCUGGCCGGAACCGGGCAUCGUCACGCAGCAGCUGUUCCCUACGGCGGAGGCGGUGACAUUCCAGCCUCCGGUGGCUGCGGCCUCUUGCUCGUCCUUGGGCUGGGCCGAUCUCAGUUUCGGAAAGGGGAUGGUGGGCGGUGCGGUGGAGGCGACGGGGGGGAAGGCUUUAUGUCAUCUGCAGCAGCAGCAGCAGGUGAAGAAGAGCAGGCGAGGCCCAAGGUCUCGGAGUUCGCAGUAUCGCGGCGUCACCUUCUACAGGAGAACCGGGAGAUGGGAGUCCCACAUCUGGGAUUGUGGAAAGCAAGUCUAUUUGGGAGGCUUCGAUACUGCUCAUGCUGCUGCAAGAGCAUAUGAUCGUGCUGCAAUCAAAUUUCGGGGACUUGGUGCUGACAUUAACUUUAGUCUCAGUGAUUAUGACGAGGAUUUGAAGCAGAUGAGGAAUCUAUCAAAGGAAGAAUUUGUGCAUAUACUUCGUCGUCAAAGUACUGGGUUUGCAAGAGGAAGCUCCAAGUACAGAGGCGUGACACUACACAAGUGUGGCCGUUGGGAGGCUCGCAUGGGACAGUUCCUUGGCAAAAAGUAUAUUUAUCUUGGUUUAUUCGACAGCGAAAUAGAGGCUGCAAGGGCAUAUGACAAGGCUGCAAUUAAAUGUAAUGGAAGGGUAGCUAUCACCAAUUUUGAGCCAAGCCUCUAUCAAGAUGAGAUACUUUUUGAGCCUGAAAAUGAAGUUGGCUUCAAGGACGUUGAUUUAAGCCUGAGGAUUUCUCAACCUAACCUCGACAGUGCAAAAAGGGAUGGUAGCUCUACUAGUACCGAUUUCAAUUGUGGCUUAUUUGGAGAUAUGGAAACUGGAAAUGCUCAGCAUCGAAUUAUACAGGAAAGAGGGAAAGAUCAGAGGCAGGAGGUGGGUUUGCUAGUCUUUCCGAACUGGGCGUGGCAAAUGCAUGGUCCAACUCUCUUGCCAUUAGUCUCUUCUGCAGCAUCAUCAGGAUUCUCUAGCGCCUCCACAGCGGCUGUGAUUCCACCGCCGCCAGCUCCGCCACCUCCAAUUAUCCAUCCCGUAUUGUUCCCUCAGUCAGCAAGCACCAGCUACCAUUUCUGAAACUGAUUACGAGUUGGUGCUAGGUAGCACCAAUCAGAAAUGUUUGGUACUCCAUUCUCGGUAUAGACUGUUCGUUGCAUUAAGUCAUAAAGUUCGAUAUGGUGGAUACUUGCAGGCAGGUGAUAGCUAAGGUCGAGCAUUGGUCAGGGAAAAGCUUCCAUGUCUUGGCUCAUAAUGAGAGAGAAAUGCUGGGUGGGGUUAGAUUAGAUGCCGGCUUCCCUUCCGCCGUCUGAAACAAUACUGGCAUCGUUCAUUUUCUACUAUGAAGAAUGCCGAUUCACUCUACUACAACAGUACCUGAUGCUCGAGAACUGUAGCUGAUUUAAAAGCUGGAGGACUUUUCGUUACUGGCUUCCAGCUGUGAUGCGUCCCUGUUGUGCGUGAUGUUGACUUGUAGUAGCUGGGGAGGGGAGUUCCACCUUUCAAGGAUUAGACAUCAUCGUUUGUUGUUACCUUCUUGUUUGUGGGUACAGGGAUGAUAGGACUAGAAGAGAGAGAGAGACGUUUGUCCAGUGUACAACUGGGGAAAAGACUCAACCGCAUGGCGCCUAAUGAGUGGUUUCUUUCUCGUGUCAGAGUCGAGGAUGUGAUGGAUGGGGGGGAGACCCUGCAACUGCGGCAGCUUUUGCUUUCCCGUCGUCUCAGCCCCUUCCUCGUUGGGGUUCACUGUGGAUCCAGUGAAGGUGCUGUGUCGCGCAGAGAUGACAGUAGGUGGGUUGUUCUGUUCUGCUCUGUUUCAUGUUGUGCUCAACACGUAUCUUCCAAUGAGGUGAAGUGAUGGAC